AUGAAAUUAAUUCCAAUUAUUGCAAUUUUAACUCUUUGCAAUGCUAUUUUACCACCAAGCAAAAUUGUAAAUCCCGGUGAAGCCCCAUUUUUCGCUUUCAUUGACAGUUUCAUAACAUUUUGUGGUGGAACUUUACUUCAAACAGACAUCGUACUUACCGCAGCUCAUUGUAUCUCAGCCAUGAAAGACGAAGAAUUUUUAUGGGUAGAUUUGGGUCUUACAACUAUUCCUGAGAAUGGUGACGAAUGGGAUGCUGACGAAAAAAUUCAAUCACGUCAAGUAAAAAGAAGUAGAAUUCAUCCAGAAUUCGUUCCGGAUGAGAAUGGAAUUCAAGGUUGGAAUGACAUUGGAAUAAUUUUGCUGGAUGAGCCAAUAAAUAUUACGGAAUUCGCGUAUCCGAUUGACAUUGGAACAUUGGACCCAUCAAUAAGUGGCGCAGUUUAUGGCUUAGGCAGUAUCAAUUCAACUGUGCCCACUUAUCAAGAAAAUCUGCGAUCGAAAAAAAUUGAAGUUAUUGAUGAUAUCACAUGCACUUUAAUGUUGCACCACACAAAAUAUAAAGUUACGAAGGAAUGUCAAAAUAUAUGUGUUCGCAAAGGCAUGUGCUGGGGAGAUUCGGGCGGGCCAUUUGUGCAAAAUAAUAAACUUGUGGGAAUUAUAUCGUGGGGUGUGGAUGAUAUAGAAGGAUGUGAUUCAGAUCCCUUCAUGUUGGUUCGUGUGUACGAAUGGAUUUUUGAAAAUAUCGAAAGCAUUAGGGUUGAAUAA